UUAUAGCAUGUCGCCUACACUCGACAAAAUUCGCCGCGCGUUUGGAGGCAUCGCGCCUCGUGUCCUCGACAAAGAACUCCGCAUUCAAGCGAGCGACGCACCUGCUCGUGUGGCGGCGCUUCUCAUCGAGUCCGAAGAUGCUCACGGAAGCGAAUACGUGAGCGCUCGCGACAAGCGCCGGGCGUUUGUGUCCGGUUUUGACGGAUCCGCCGGCACAGCGUUGAUCACACACGACCAAGCGUACUUGUGGACGGACGGUCGGUACUUCUUGCAAGCGGAGAGUCAGUUGUCCAAGGAAUGGACCCUCAUGCGCCAACUCCAGAAGGACGUGCCGACCGUGGAAGAGUGGGUGGAAGCAAACCUGAAAGCUGGUGACGCUCUAGCGAUCGACCCCCUCUUGACGUCCGUGGCCACGGCACGCCGCCUUGUCGAGUCCGCGUCCAAGGCCAAGGCGUCGAUUGUGUGCUGCGAAUGGGGCCAGAACGUUGUUGACCAAGUGUGGGGUGCUGACCAGCCCCCUCGCGUCCCGUCCGAUUUGCAGGUCCUCGGGGACCACUUCACGGGCGCGUCGAUCGCGACAAAAUUGCAAAACGUUCGCGCGGACUUGGACAAGAAGAAAGCCACCGCUAUUGUCUUGACGGCGCUCGACGACAUUGCGUGGAUGUUCAACGUCCGCGGCUCCGACGUCGAAUUCAACCCGGUUGUCAUUUCGUACGCGCUGGUGACACUCUCGUCGGCGACUCUGUUUGUGGACGCCAAGGAGCUUACUCCCGAAGUUCUCGCCCACUUUGGAUCCGACGUGCAAGUGAAACCCUACGAUUCCAUCAUUGCCGAGCUGGAAGCGUACGCCGCGGGAACCCCGGACGCGACGAUCCUCGUGGACCCGGCGCAAUGCAAUGUUGCAAUCUUUUCCGCAAUCCCCCUGGCGCUCCGAAAGGAAUCGCCGUCGAUCGUGCUUCGUCAAAAGGCGUUCAAGAAUCCCGUGGAAAUUCAAGGCAUGAAGAACGCUCAUCUUCGCGACGGCGUGGCGCAAGUCAAGUUUUUCUCGUGGCUGGAAGAGGCCAUCGCGGCGGGUGAAGUCAUCUCCGAAGUCGCGGCCGACAAGAAGCAGCAAGAGUUUCGCCAACAAAUGGAGCACUACAAGUCGUUGAGCUUUGGCACGAUUUCCGGAUCUGGCCCGAACGGCGCGAUCAUUCAUUAUCAUGCAACCGACGAAGCCAAGUGCGGCCGCAUCACGACGGACCAAGUGUACUUGAAUGACUCGGGGGCCCAGUACUUGGACGGAACGACCGACGUCACGCGCACCGUGCACUUGGGCCAGCCCACUGCGCAUGAAAUUCACUGCUUCACGCAUGUUCUCAAGGCGCACAUUGCGCUGGCCACGGCGGUGUUUCCGAAUGAAAUCGAAGGCGUCAAGCUCGACGCGAUCACUCGUGCGCCGCUGUGGAAGGUCGGCUUGGAUUACCGCCAUGGCACGGGCCACGGGGUCGGGUCUUUCUUGAACGUUCAUGAAAAGGGCGUGUUGAUGUCGUUCAAGUUGAACCCAACGGGGCUGCUCAUUGCUGAAAACAUGAUUGUCAGCAACGAGCCUGGGUACUACGAAGAUGGCGCAUUUGGCAUUCGAAUUGAAAGCCUCAUGGUGGUCGUCGAGGCGCCGACCGUCGUCAACUCGGCGUAUGGCAAGUUUUGCACGUUCGAAACGAUCACGAUGAUUCCGAUCCAACGCAAGUUCAUCGAUGCAUCCGUCUUGACUCGCGACGAAAUCGCCUGGGUGGACGCAUACCAUGCCGAAGUCCGAGCCAAGUUGUCCCCGCUCUUGCAAGACGCGCCGUCGGCGUUGGCGUACUUGGAGCGUGAAACCCGCCCGCUGGAGCAGCAGUAGAGAGAUCCUCGGCACGUUUUAAUGACAGUCUUGUGAGUCUUCACGUGUCAUCUUGGUGUCAACUUGAAGCUUGCCAAUGACAACAUCCCGUACAGCCCACCGUCCCGAGUACGUCGUUCGAUGCACAGACCGACCCUCUGCGCUAUAUGAUCGUCCAUGCCCUUUCUCCGUGGUGUUUGUGGCGGCAGCGGCCUUCGCGCUGGUGAUCAUCGCCGUCUCGAGCAUGUUCUCA